UUUAUGACGGAAGGUCUAUUUCGUCCCGUCAUUACAACACCCUAUCGCAAAAAUGAAGAAACUGAUUCUGGAAUUGAUUAUCACAAUACUUUGUCUUCCUGGUCUGACGUCUGCUGCCUGUUAUUACUAUUAUUACAGCUACUACUGCUACUCUUACUACUAUUACAGCUACAGCAGUGUGGGUACAUACGUUGGUGCGGCCGUUGGGGGAAUAGUGUUCCUUAUCGUAGUGGCUGUAGUCGUCGUGUGUAUCUGUGCCGCUAAAAAUAACCAGAGGAACCGCGUGGUCACGAAGCAAGGGGGAGGGGCUACAGUGACUAAUGCCCAUAAUGUCAACACAAUUCAGCACCCUCCCCCGCCUGCAGGUUAUGGCUAUGGAGCACCGCCUCCACCAGGAUAUGGUCCAGGAUUAGGGCCAGGAUACAGCCAACCCUCUCAGUCCAUGUUUGGCGAUCCCGCCUAUCCCCCUAACCAGUACCCUCCCCCAAAAUAUUAAUUAAAAUAUGCUCUUACAAAGAAUUUCAUUUAAUGUCCACACAUCUUUACAAAACACUUGGUUUCUACUUUAUAAUUUACAAUUUAAAUAACCCUUGUGUUUUCUUGAUCACGGAACUGUACAUUGCUUGGCUUAUUAUUAAGUUUGUUAAAAGUAGCGGGAUGGUCCAAAGAUCUUGCUUAGAAUUUGCGUAUGGCAUUUACCCCAUUAACUGUCUCAUUGAUGAAAAAAAAUUCAGAGAUUUAGGGCUGUAAAAUUUGAACGUUUUCCUAUAUCUUUAUACUUAUUAUCAUAGUAUAAAAAUGGUUAUAGCCAUCCAAAUCUCUUAAAACAUGAGAUUGGGAAUACUGGUAUAUUAGUUUUUCUUUUUAUAAACUAUCAGUUUCAUUUUUAUUCCUUUUAUUUGUAAUCCAAAACAAAGUUAAACACUAUUUAUUUUUAAUACAAUAUUUUUGGAAUCCCGGCCUCGGUAAAUAGACUUUUGCCACUAUGUAUUGAGCAUGAUACUUCUAUUUAAGAACACUUGUAACUGCUUACUUUUUGUUUUAAGCAGGAUAUUAUAAUUGUUUUCAUCAACAUCAGCUUGUUUUUAAUCUUUCGCAGGGCAAAACGACAUCGUUUGAUGAAGUAUGACGUAACAUCAAUUGUUUCAUUUACGUCAUUUAAUUAUUUACCUACUAAAACGUCUGCAAAGUAUUCCAACAGUACCUCGAUUAUUGUGAAGGUGUCUAUUGUAUAUUUAUUUUAAUGUCGUAUUUUCCCAGUUCAAUUUUCAAUUCAGUUUAUUUCGCUCACACCAUGGAAUGGUACAUGAGGUCAAUCAUUAUAUACAGUUCAAA